AUGGCGGGAUGGGAAGUCGAGGUACACGAAGCGCGGAACCCAGCACAGCGCAAGGUGGGAUGGGGAUGGCGAUGGGGAUGCGAAGGGGAUGGGGCCCCGACGAGCAUACCAGAUAUAGAGGCGAUGGAAGAGGGAGGAGAUUGGCUCGUCUCGCAGAUCGGUCGGGAGCGGUCGUGGCAGAUGGGCGAAGGCGAGGGCGAGAGCGAGGGUGCUGGUGUUGUCGUUGUCGUUGUCGGUGUCGUUGUCGUUGCUGGUGGUGUUGUGCGAAGUGAUUUGGCUGGAUGGCAGUACGAAGUUGGGGUCAUCGGUACGGUACUAGGCUAG